UUCAGUUUUUCCAGAAAUACAAAAAACUUCGUUAAAGUCACAUAGUAUAUAUCUAUGGCCUAAUUCAACGUCGGGACUUGUAGUUCCCUUCCAAGACGUGUUUCAAAAUAAUGCCUGGUUAUAUCCUGAUUAUUUGAAGGCCUAUUCCAAGGAACGUAUUUCAAAAGCCACUUAUUUCUGGUAGAAAUUCAGAAAGAAAUCCAGCUCGUUGCGUUUUUUUUUUAAUUUUAAAUGAAUGAGAUGAACAAAACACUCACCGAGCUCCAAGUCCCCUUGCCGAGUGGUCACGUGGUGAUGACGUCAUCACGGAAGGACGCGCAAUCCGGAACAUAAACACGACUCCUGCACGUGUAGACGCCAUUAGACAAGAUGGGCAAAAACAAACCAAAGGGGAAACAGACGUGCGUCUUCCAAGUGGCCAACAGGCACCUAAAAGCCAAAAACAAAGCAAAACCUGUGAGGACGACACUCAAACACAUCAAAGCGGUGAAGAACGAGACAGUGGAGAACCUCAAUCAGAUCUUCUCAGAAAUCCAGAGGGAUGUGGCCAGCGUUCCCAAAAGUGUGGCGUCAGAACCCAAGAAACAAACACAGGUUGUCAAAGAACCGCCGAAGGAACCUGUGAACGUUGACAGUGCUGCUCAGCUCUUCUCUCAGCUGUGAUCGCUGUAACAAACAUUGCAUGAUAUAUUGCAGCAUUGUUUUUGCAUAUUUAUUGAUGUCUUGCACACUAUAUUGUUUAUAAAAUAAAGAACUAUGGUUUUAUAACACAAA